AUGAGUUCAGACAAACAACAAGAUACCAAAGAGUUCGGUCAAUUGGGUGACAUUGCCAAGAAACUUGAAUCUUCUCAAGGAGGAGAUGGUGUUGAUAAUAAAGAUUUGAAAGCUCAAGCUGCUGAGGCUUAUGGUAAAUUUGAGAAAUUGUCCGACAAGGAAAAGGAAGAUUUGGUUAAGGGAGGCUUGGGUAAACUUGAAGGAAAGAGUGGUGAUGCUGUCAAGAAGUAA